GACUGAGUGCCCACACAGUCGCGCGGUCUAGCUGACGGAAGUAACUCGUAGGAAUCGGUGAACGGUAAAAUAAUUACGACGAAGUAAAAUAGAUUACGCCUAAAAUGGCUGCGGUUGAGAUGCAAGAAAAAGUUAGCACAAGUACGGUUACACCGGUAAUUUUUACACUAAACGACACAAGCAACAGCAACAACACUAGCGAUACAACAACAGCAAACAAACACCAAAACUCUACAACGCCACCUGCAAUCAGCUUGGCUGUACCGCCGCCAGCGCCACCCGACAUCGUGCAACAAGUAUGUGGCAACUUCGGUCACUGGCAGCUACGCACGAUACUACUCAUCUUUCUCUGCAAAAUACCCUCCGCCUGGUUUAUGGCUUGCAUUAUCUACACGGCGCCCACACCGAAGAAGGGCGAUUACUACUGCCGCCCGCCGGCACUCAUGAAUCUGAGCAGCGGUCCACUGACGUCCGACACGCCCGCCUGGGUGCGCAUGUCGCAUCCGGUGUCGGAUGAGCGCGGCACCGAUCGUCGCUUCUAUGUGGACGCCUGCAAUAUUUACGAGGAGCAAUUACACCGCGAUUUCGUCGCCAGCCAUGCCAACUAUACGAAUCCGUUCGAGCAGCCGGAUGUGGUGCGCCAGGCGGAUGGUUCGUUGAAGCUGAAGGUGAAUGUGCUGCCGUGCGAACAUUUCGAGCAUAAUUCCGAAUACAUAUCGUUAGUGUCGCAAUUCGAUUUGGUUUGUUCGCGUCAGUUGUUGAUAUCGGUGACGCAGUCGUUUCAUGGCUUGGGCGCCUUCAUCGGUGGGCUAGUGGCGCGACACGCGCUAAAACAUGUCAGUCCACGGCGCCUAAUGCUCAUCGGCAUGUUUUUCCAAGUCUUUUGUGGCUGCAUAACAGGCUUGGUGACAAAUUUCCAACUACACAUUUAUUUCCGUUGCCUAACAUCCAUCGCUUGUACCGUUAUAAUGUCUGCCGGCCAAGUUAUAUUAAUGGAUAUUACAGACGGACGCGCGAAAACCAUCGUCACAACACUUUCCGAGUUAUUCUGGGGCAUUGGACUUAUACUUUUACCGGGUAUAUCAAUAUUUUUUGAUAGCUGGAGUUAUUUGUAUGUGGCCAUAUCGGCGUCGGUGAUUAUUUUAAUUUUUGUGCAUAGAUGGAUCGCCGAUUCGCCGCGUUGGCUUCUAAGCUGCAAUAAAUUAGAUCGAGCGCUCGAACAGCUACUAAAUUCGGCCACGCUCAAUCACCGUUCCAUACCACUGGAUCUUGAGGAGAAGUUGGCGAAUCAAGCGAAACACCUACAACAAAAAGCAACGAGUGCGCCACGCUAUUGGUCCAUUUGGGAUAAGACGACCGAACGCAAGUAUAUUUGCUGUGUGCACGCCGCGUGGGUCGGCGCGAUGAUACUACACAAUGUGACGCUGCUGAUGAUCCGAACAAUGGGCAUGGAGUAUAUACACGUCAAUACCGUGUGCUUGGGACUCUCCGAGGUGCUCGGCAUCUUUAUGGGUCUCUAUUUGAUACUCUACACCAGACGACGUUGGCUUUGGUGCGGUCAGCUGCUGACUUUAGCGGGCGCUAUUACAUAUCUAAUCUGGACUGUGCCGAAUACUUUGAAACCAAGUCGACGUGUGGGUUACGAAAUGAUCUUUUGGAUGUUUUUAAAAUUCGCCACAGCCGUCACAUUCGCCGUGCUGGCCACUUGUACUGGUGAAAUCGUUACAGCCGAGAAGCGUCCAACUCUGAUGUAUUCGGUGGUGACGCAUAGUCGCUUUUGGCUCAUUUUCGGUCCAUCAAUUGCGGUGACAAUUAAUAUUCACAAUUUAAGCCCCAUUACAGUGUUAGCCUCAUUGGCAGUCAUUACGGGUGUAAUGCUGUGCUUUCUCAAUCGCGCCUUCUGGAAUAUGGAGCAACCACGCUUAUCCAAAGUGCCCACACCGAACACAUAUCGACGCAACUCUUCCGCCGAGCUUUUACGUCGUGCUUCACUUGGCACAAAAUCGGAGUUCUAUGAUAAUACUUUGACGAUAAGUAUCUCCGAUCUAUGGCUGGUAAAAUCGCAAUUCGAAACAAUAACGGAACAGGAAGUCGCGGUGGCGCCAAGAGAGAAGUGUGAGAAAGAAAAUGAAAAGCGUAUAUGCGAGCCAUAUUUGUAAUGAAACAGAUCAGACAAUGUAUUAUGUGUAUGCUUUAGGAUGUGUGAACAAAAAAUUCGACAACGGAUUUCCUAACCUCAACUCUGACGUCAAUACUAGAUAAUAAUACAUACUAUUAUAUAGAUUUAUGUCGCGUUAGCAGGUGUUUAGAAGAAUCUGAACUUUGGAUACGCUUUAAGGCUUUCUCAUCGUAAUAAAAGUUAUAUAUGUAUAAUAUCUUUGAAUAUGCAUAUAUGUAUGUCUGGUGGUAAUGGAUGUAUAGAAAAAAGAACAUACGUAGUAGUCUUCAAGUGUAUGUAUAUUAAAUAUAAUUUUGAUAUUGCUUAAAAUAUGUAAAUUUUCACUAUUAAUGAUUGUGUAAAUUAUAUAAUAAAAUAUUAAAUUAGAAAAAUUA